GCUAUAUCUGAAUGAUUAAGUCUACCUUUGGUUCUACAUAAAGGUGAAAGUCUGAAUGAGCGAGUGGCUCACCACCGCCUGGCCUCCCUCUUCCACCGUCUGGAACAGUUUGAGCUGGCUGAACACUAUUACCUGAAGACCCUGACCCUCUGUACAACCCCUCUGAUGUUCGAUGAAGAAACACUGUACUACGCCCGGGUGUACCAGACACUGGGGGACAUCAUAUUCUAUGACCUCAAGGACCCUCAUGACGCUGCAGGCUACUAUCACCUGGCCCUGGCUGCAGCCAUGGAUCUGGGCAACAAGCGGUCCCAGCUGCAGCUGUGCACCCGCCUGGCCACCAUCUACCACAACUUCCUAACCGACCGGGAGCUCUCGCUUUUCUUCUACCAGAAGGCCAGAGCGUGUGCUGCCGAGCUGAACGUGAGGAGGAUCAACAUCUCUCGGGAUCAGCAGCUUAGCAGCGCCUCGCAGUACAAGGCCAACGGACCAUAGGGAAGGAAAAUCUAACAUUUUGCAAAAUGCAACAAAAACUUUUGCAGAUAGCUGGAUGAACUGUUUUUCUGUACAAAAAAUUGUUUUAUGAUAAGCCUUGCAUUAAGACUGCAACACUGACUUUGAUCCCAAAGGAGAACCAUCUUCAAGACUUUGUGGGAUAAUGAUGUCCAUUCUAAUCAUCUAUAUUGUGGAACCGUGUAUACAUAAAUUCAUGUUUCUGAAAUCAACUUUACUCAGGUUUUUCUUUGUUAAUCCACAGGGAAUAAAUCCAUUUUGUAGUGUUGUCACGAUACCAACAUUUUGGUUUCAAUACCGAUACCAAGUCAAGAAUUGCGAUUCCGAUUCUUUUUCGAUACUUUUCUUUUAUUAU